UUCAAGCCGGAUUAAGAGUUGAUUAUGAGGGCUUGUGAUACUUUCUAUCAUGCCGGAAAUGGUGGGAUACUGAAGCAGAAUGAAAUUGUCUGUUUCAGUGACAGUUUUCCAACAGCGGGAAGCUUUAUUUAGCUAAAUUUGAAAUAACCCAUAUGGUGAUCUUGCUCUUUUCUGAUCAGAAUGCUUGAGAGUGAGUCCAGCUGGAUCAGUUCACAGUUUUAUGUAUCAGCAGGAUUAUUUUUCGGAUGAUGCUAUGUUCCAUUGACUUCAAGUUCAGCUUUGGUCAUUAAAAACCAGUAAUCCAACAUCUUCCGGGAAUUUUCCUGAUCAAAUACUAAAUUGAUUUGAUGGCAACACGUCAUUACAGUCAAAAACAAAAGAAGCACUACCUUGAACUUGACAUGUUGACGGAAAGAAGACGACAGAGGCUUCCUUCCAGAGAACUAAACUUCUUUGAUCCUAUGAUUCAAUGUACUGAUAAUGAAUAUCGGGCUCCUUUAUGAUUUGUCUGACGGGUUCCAAAUUUACCAUGAAUCUCUCAAUGACUAUAAAUUGUUGACAGGGUCAGGCGACUCCUUGAGACAAGAAAGCUGCAACUUCUCUUCACUUUCCCACCAGAUUUUUUACAUUAUAAAAAAAGAUUCACACUUUGACUUCGACGUAUGGAUCGCCUAGUUCCUCCUAUACACAUAACUAUACCAGCAGAAGGUGGUUUAGCAGAAAAAAAGUGAAAAGCAAAGAGCUAAAAAUGGCCAACUUAAGCCUUCUUUCUGGAUCAUACUUCAUGUUCUUUAUCCUAUGCCUCAGCCUCAGGGGUUCCCUUUCAUGCCUUCAUGAUUAACGAGAAGCUCUCCUGGAGUUGAAAGAUUUACUAGUUCGAGACAUGGUAACGGACAACCUAACAGAUUUGUUUCUUGGUGGCUUAGAGACAUGGAAUUCCAGUUCGGAAUGUUGUCAGUGGCUCCUGCUACAGUGCAAUUCUCGCUCAUCUUCGCAAGAAGUGACUGGUCUUAAUCUAUCCAGUCUUUUUCCCUUGGUAGGAAAGACUUCAACUGUUUUGGGAUCAGUUUUCCGGAUAAAGACCUUAAUGUCGCUUGACAUUUCCUACAAUUCAAUACAAGGUGAAAUUGCAGGCAUUGGGUUUGGCAAUUUGACCGAGCUAGCGUAUCUUGACAUGAGGGGAAAUAGCUUCAAUGGUUCUAUUCCUCCUCAGUUGUUUCGUUUAAGGAAUCUUGAAUUCCUUGAUCUCAGUGGUAACAAGAUUGAGGGUAGCUUACCUGGCGAUGUUGGCGGUCUUAGGAAGUUGAAACAGUUGAGCUUGGAUGCCAAUAUCAUUCGUGGAGAGAUUCCUGAAGAGAUUGGAAACCUCACUGAACUGAGGAAGUUGACACUUCCGGGCAACCAAAUUUCUGGCAGGAUUCCGUUGUCAAUAUUGCAGCUAAGGAAGCUGGAAGUAUUGCAGCUGCAGAACAAUUCAUUGUCGGAGGAGAUUCCAGCAGACAUUGGGAACUUGGUGAACAUAACUACUUUAGACUUGAGCAAGAAUAAUUUGAGUGGUGAAAUCCCAUCAUCAAUUCAGACGCUGGGAAAGCUGGAGACACUUCAGCUGGAGAAUAACAAGCUCUCUGGCGAGAUCUCAACAUGGUUAUUUGAUCUCAAGGAGAUGAAGAAGUUGCACCUUGGAGGAAACAGACUAGCAUGGAAUAACGACAUCACAAUCACUCCAAAGUGUAAGUUAUCUUCUUUGUCAUUGAGAUCUUGCAGUGUCAGUGGUCAGAUUCCUCGCUGGCUUGCCAAUCAAACUGAUCUUAUUUUCUUGGACUUGAGUGAGAAUCAGAUCGAAGGAGACUUCCCACAGUGGUUAGCUGAACUAAAUCUCGGAACUAUUAUUUUAUCAGAUAACAAACUUGCAGGUUCGCUCCCACCUCAGUUGUUUCAAUCUCGAAAUUUGUCAGUCCUUGCCUUGUCAAGGAACAACUUUUCUGGGGAACUGCGAGAAAUUAAUACUACUUCAAUAAUGGUACUCAUGCUCUCAGAAAACAAUUUUUCUGGGCCGGUGCCAAAAUCUCUCUCCAAAAUCUAUAGGCUAUUACUUCUGGACUUGUCAACAAAUAGUUUCUCUGGCAGUGAAUUUCCAGCAUUUGGAGAAGAUGGCUUAAUCGCUUAUGUUGAUAUAUCUUCCAAUAAGUUGUCUGGCAAGGUUCCUGCAGCUUUUGGACUGAACCUAAUGAUGCUCUCAUUAAGCCAAAAUGACUUUUCUGGUCCAUUACCUCAGAAUUUGAGCAAUUUGAGUCAGCUUCAACACCUUGAUCUUCAUGACAACAAUAUAACUGGUGAAUUUCCAGCAUUCCUCUAUCAGUUGUCCUCACUUCAAGUACUUAAUCUUAGGGACAAUUCCUUUGAGGGAUCAAUCUCGGAUGAUCUGUCAAAUCUUAGUAGUCUCCGAAUCCUAGACCUCUCCAACAAUAACCUCGUUGGUGACAUUCCUCCAAGCUUCGGGAAUCUUACUGGAAUGAUUGAUACACCUGAUGUCCCAUCAACGCUUUCUGAAAUUUUUAGCUUUCAAGUUGAAAUCCAUGACUUGAUAGUAAACUGGAAGAAUUCAAAGCGAGGCCUCUCCAACCGGAACCUGGAUAUCUAUACUUUCUUGGACUUGUCAAAGAACCAGUUAUCAGGAGAAGUUCCUCCUUCAUUAGGCAGUCUUAAACGUUUGAAGCUACUCAACCUUUCAUACAAUGAGCUUUCAGGCAACAUUCCUAUGAGUUUUGGUGAUCUGGAGAGUUUAGAGGCCUUGGAUUUGUCACACAAUAACUUUGAUGGUGAAAUACCCAGAUCAUUUGCCAAGCUCCAGAAACUAAAUACUUUAGACUUGAGCAACAACAAACUCGCAGGUAAAAUUCCUGAGAGUCCUCAAAUGGAUAGGCUGAUUGAUCCAGACAUUUAUGCCAACAACAGUGGACUGUGCGGGGUGCAAAUUGAUGCUCCUUGUGAAGAAGGCUCGCAGCCACCUGAGUCACCGGAGGAGGAGAAAAAGGAAACAUGGUUUUCAUGGGAAGCGGCAGGAAUUGGCUACCCUGUUGGGUUCUUGUCUUCAACUGCACUGAUGUAUGUCAUUGGUUAUUUCACCGUUACACCAUUGCAUCACCGCCGGCAUCAUGCUCGUCGAAGGUGAAUGACUCUCAGUAUCAGGAAAUGGAAAGGCUCAGUUCCACCUCUGGGUUCGUUUCCAUCAGUCUUGGCCAUCUAGGCUAUUGGCUGUCUCAAGGUUGCACCAGAAGUACUUGAACUACACCAUCUUAGGCAUUUCUCAUCAGAAUUUAAUGAGUUCCCUUUUAUUAAGUGUGAUGAAUAUAUUGAUAGUUUUCCCUUUGUAGAACAUAAUGAAGCCUUGGUCUAUUGAAAAAAGCACAGAACUUUGAUCAUGCAAUCAUGAAAUUAGCAAAUAGAUGAUAAAAAAA